AAAGCUUUUGCAAUAUAUCCACAAUCUGCUUAAUCAUAAGUGCUUAAGUAGUUUACAAUGGCUUCAAAAUGUACUCUUUCUCUGUUCACAAUCACUUUUCUCUUUGUCCUCCUUUCUCUCUUCUCCCAUGCAACGUCGUCAGAAACCCACAACAAAAACACGUCGCCAUUCGAGUUUCUCAACCAUCUUAAGGGGUGUCACAAGGGCGACAAGGUCCAAGGCAUCCAAGACCUAAAGAAGUACCUUGAAAAAUUUGGAUACUUAAACGGCCAUUCCGAUAAUGAUGAUUUCGACGACAUCUUGGAGUCAGCGAUCAAAACUUACCAGCUCAACUACCACCUCAAAGCCACCGGAACAUUAGAUGCCAAAACCGUAUCAAAAAUGAUGAUGCCGCGAUGCGGUGUGCCAGACAUCAUCAAUGGCACCACCUCCAUGCGAUCGGGAAAGAAAAGACACCCUCACCACCACAGCGGACAUGGUUCGCCUCACACAGUUGCUCAUUAUUCUUUCUUCCCUGGAAACCCUAAAUGGCCUUCUUCUAAGUACCAUCUCACCUAUGCUUUUGAUCAAACCACCCCAACUGAGGCCCGGGACGCAGUUGCGCGCGCUUUUGCAACAUGGGCAGGCAACACACACUUCUCGUUCAGUCAAUCCCAAACCUAUGAGAACGCGGAUCUGACAAUAAGUUUUGCUAGUGGUGAUCAUGGAGAUGGGAACCCAUUUGACGGCCGAGGCGGGACCCUUGCUCAUGCAUUUGCACCGACCAAUGGGAGAUUCCACUACGAUGCCGAUGAGCCGUGGGCUGUGGGAGCUGUGGAGGGUGCUUAUGACUUGGAGACUGUGGCAUUGCAUGAAAUCGGACAUCUGUUGGGGCUACGACAUAGCUCUGUUGAAGGAGCUGUGAUGUCCUCCACCGUUCGUACUGGAUUUGCUCAAAGUUUGCAUGCAGAUGAUAUUCAAGGAAUUAAAGCUUUAUAUAGUACUUGAUCUUCACAUGCAUAUUCACAUAAUCAAGAGUACUCAAAGAUUAAUCAUUAAAUUAAGUAGUAUUUAUUAUUGAAGUUCACCCUUUUUUUCAUCCCUUAAUCAAAUAAGGUACCUCAACUUGAGUGUAUUGAAAUUCUGCAAUAAUUAAUUAAAGUUGUAGCAGCAUACAUAUGCUGAAAAUAUGAUUUUUUUUUGGAGCUUUUGAAGCUUAUAGAAAUAUGGAUGUCUGGCCUUCUAUAUGUUGAACGUGUGUUAACUCUGAUGUUUUAGGAACAUGCACAUAUAAUGCAACUUUCAAUUUGUUUUGUAUUUACAGUCAAUUUGUUUUGUGUAAUUGUGUUUCUGCUAAAAUAUUUGAAAAUUUUAUGUAUUAUAUUCUUCUUUGUAUUGAGGC